AUGUCGCAGGAGAUUUUGUCCCGUAGGGAGACCUUCUCAGCCGAAACGAAUGGCUCUCGUAAUUCGAAGAGGAGCACCCGCGCUCAGCGCCGAUGGCGCAUCCUGGCCAGGGCGCUGACAGGCUCGCCCGAGCCGUUCGGCAGUGAAUCCGACGAGGAGGUGUCGGUGAGGCGAUUCACCAGCUUCGGCCUGCUCAAGUGCGCCCGGCUGGAGAACAUGCUGGCGGACGGUGAGUUCAGCUGGUGCGAGUACUCGACUCAGCUGGACGGCCGGCCGUACAACGUGCAGAUACGCCGGAUAAGCAAGUGCUUCACGGCGAGCGAGUUGAUCGGCUUCAACAACACCGGCAACGUGUGCGUGUGGCCGUCCGAGGAGUGCCUGGCCUACUAUCUGCUGAGGAAUCGCGGCCUCUGCCGGAAUCGGAACGUCCUUGAACUCGGCGGCGGUAUGAGCUGCCUUGCCGGUGUGCUCGCCGCCAAGUACUGCAAUCCCAGGACCGUCACCCUCACGGACGGUAACGUGACCAGCGUCGACAACGUGCGCUGCAUCGUCGCCCGGAACGACAUGGCGCGUCUGGUGGAGUGCGGGGUCGUGCAGUGGGCCCAGGCCGCCAGGGCCCUUCGGCAGACGGCGAUCAACGGUAACCGCGUUAAGACCCGGACGAACGACGAGAACACCCGGCUGCCGUCGGGUCUCUACGACGUGAUCCUGAGCGCCGACUGCCUCUUCUUCGACGACGCACGUCUGGAUCUCGUGGAGACGAUUUACGGCUGGCUGACCGACGACGGGGUCGCGCUGGUGAUGGCGCCCAGACGCGGCGCGACAUUCCAGAAGUUCGCCGAGGCGUCGAUCAAGCGCGGCUUCAUAGCGCGCCAGACGGAGCGGUACGACGACGCGGUGUGGUCGAGGCAUCUGGAGCUGCUGGAGAACAGCCCGGAAUACUGCCCGGAUCUGCACUAUCCGGUGCUGCUGGAGCUCACCAAGCAGAAGAAGACGCCGCCCGGAUGAUCGGGCUCGAUCGACGAGGACGAGAGUCUCUUCCUCAGCGAGGAAUGAAACAUGUCUUUUUCUUUUGAAAUAUAUAUAAUGCACACUUUGCUCCGUAAUAGAAUUAUCGCGUACAGGGAAUGAAUGUAUCGCUUCCGAGUGAAGACGCGCGUUCGCUCAGUCAUGGAAUAUAAAGAUGCAUAAAGCUGCCUUUAUAUGUCGUCCGGCAAUGUCAAGGCCGACUUUUUAUUAGUGCGUCUGAUAAAACGUUUAGCGGUCACAUCCACUCGCGGAUCGAUCUUCCGCUCGUACGCAUCGUUCCACAUCGUCGCUGCUAUCGGAAAAGUUCCAUAAGGAAGGUAUUUAUGUGCGACGUGCGAGAGUCGCUCGGCGAGCUCUGUUGAUCAUGCCCGAUUCUUUCCCUCCCCUCGUUAAUUAACCCAGCGUUUUGCAGUAAAUACUCGACAUUUUAAUGAAUGAGUGCGCAUAUUUGAAAGUACAAAUGUUAAUUAUAACAUUCGUGCUUUUAACGUUUCACGUAUUUAUUCGAACUUAAUUUGCGUAUUAUCAAUUUAAUAGACGUAUAUUUAUUUAGAGCGCGCCUCGUAGCGCGGAUUAUUUGCGGCAAAUACCAUAGUAUGCGGAGUGGGGUGCAACGGGCCGUAAUCCUUUGCUUUAAAUUAGUUUAAAAUAUCGUAGAGCCCGCGGAUAUUAUUCUCAUUCGCAGCAGGUGAGACUUCUGGCAGCAUUUUGCCACGCGGUAUAUGUAUAUCGGGAGAUAGGAAUUGAGCGAGCACCAACGACCGAAUAGAAAGUUUGGGAAUUAUUGAAUUUUACGAUGAGGAAGAAUGUCGAAACUUAGAGCUAUUUUGGAAAUAAUUAUGUCAUGAUACACAUCGGACGCGACAGAGAUCAUACAGAAAAUAGGACUAUAAUGUUCAAUUAGCCAAAGUUUUCGAGGAUUAAUCGUCGAUCUAAUAAUUCAUCGGUAUUGAUAUUCGACCAAACGUGUUUAUGAAUUACGAAUUUUUCCAAAAUAGAUAAUGUAGUAUCCGUUGCUACUCUCGUCAAAUUUUUUCAUCUGAUAAAACGUAAUUCUUGGUAGGGAGGAUCUUUCUUAGGCGCGUACCUGAUUUUAUAUCGAACCGGGAUAGAAAUGUCGGGAAAGGCGAUCGAGUUCCGGGCUCGCGCAUUAAAGUGUCAUUUAUAACACCGGGACACGCGAUACUGGCAAUUUUAUCAAUCAUCAAUUAAACGUCAUCGAUACUAAGUAGAUAGAUCGAGCAAUCUCUCGAGUUCCACGUUCUUCGCAGCCGGCAGGACCAAUUACAUAGGACCGAGUAAUGUUUAGAUACAGCCGAACCAUGACUGGUAGACUGCGAAGUCAUUUCCUGCGAGUUCUGUUUAUCGCAAAACUGCGCUAAAAGACAUCUUUGUAUUCUUGAAUAAGGAAGAGGGAUAUCAAUGUUUAAUGUUAAUUGGGUCCAAAAAUAAAGCGAAAUCUCGGGCAGGACCGAAAUAUUGGACAAUUGCCGAUUCAGCGGUCUGAUACUGAAUCCAAAAUGUUAAUGAAAUAUUAACUAUGAUUGUUACUGUAAACAAGAUGCAGAUAUAGAUCGUUAUAAUCGAUGCACAAUGACAUAGUUGCAGGAUAAAUUUAAGGAGACGAAUUCUUAACGCAAAAAUCGACUUUGCCUUAUUCAUAUUACAUACGUUGUAGUAAUUUAUUUAUUUAUUUAUUUAGGUGCGUUUACAUCCAUUGCGACGAAGGAAUUCUCGUGUAUGUAUUUUCUAAGCGUCUCCGAUCGCGUUAUGAACCUGUUACCUCAAAGGACCAAUAUUUAUAGGCAUAUAGUUAAGUCUAGUCAGAAUUACCAAACGUACUUCCAUUAUUACGUAUGUAUCUUCUUAUAUAAUACAUAGGCCAAGUGUCCAUAAAAUCUCCCUCUAUGCUCUACUGUAAAGAUGGCGUUUUAAUAAAUCAGAUUAAUUAGAAGGAAAUUCAGUUGCACGGGAAAUGUCACACCGAGAUAGUGGAGGCUAGUUUAAUUAGAAAAAUCGAUACUAUUCUGACGUACGAUCGUUUUUUUGUAUAACUUGCGGUUUGAGAUUAAAAUCAGCGGACACUCGUUUUCCCAGGGCUGCUAAUCCACGUGGCUAGACGGGAGAAUUUAUGGACCCUUUUGCAGGCCCUAGAGAGCCAUUUGUGUACACGUGCAUUAUGCGCGAGAGAACCUCUAUAGUAAUAAACUAUUUUCACUUAUAAAA